CUUUCUUUUUGCACGCUCAUUUUCUCACUUUUGUAGAAACGUACACAACAGCUUUUUUUUUCAUUUGUUUUGUUCAUUUUUCUCCCCUUUUUCCGCUGUUCAUUUGGGGGGUUGUAUAUAAAAAGACUACGACAAAAAAAUAGAGAAAAAAACGACUUUGACAAAAGGAUGACAUCUUUUGCAAACAGCUGCCAUUUCCAUCGUCCUCUUCAAACGAGUGAUAGAAAUGCCCUUUUAAUGUACAACAAUCAUCAUUAUCCAGCUUCUUCUUCUUCCUUUAGCUUGAUGAUCAUUGACAAGAUGCUUCGACAGCAGCCGGAAGGCUAUCUCUUGGACUAUAUCACGCAAGAAUUCGAAUCCAUUAUCUCGUGUCCCUCGCUUCGGUCAGCCUCUUCAUCGUCUUCUUCAACCACAUCUUCAUCUACAUCGUCUGCCAGCACCAUGGGAACGCGUCCUGAUCCCUUUACCCCUUGCUCGCCUUAUUCUUCCACGUCCUCCUCACCCCACACACCCCACGCACCUCGUCAGGAUCAUGACCUGCUCUCUUUACCGCUCUCACCAUCACCACCACCACCAGCGCCUUUUAAAUUCAUCAGUCACCAUUACAACAGAAAAUACAGUCAACACCAUGUCGAUCGUCCAGCGUCAGGCAUACCGUCCCCUCCCUAUCACAACCACCAUGGCCAUCGCCACCAGGCAACGAUACCCAAAAGCCAUAUACCCUUUCGCUACUUUGUCGAACACGUGAUUAGGAGGUCAAGGCUGGAUAAUGGUACGUUGCUCGCGUCUCUAUGUUAUGCCAAACGGCUUCGGGAAAAACUCUACACCACGUCGCAGGGAAUGGAAUACACCCAUCAUCGCAUCUUUUUAGCGACCCUCAUGGUGGCUGCGAAAUACAUCCACGACACAGCGAUCAAAAAUAAAUACUGGACAGGGUACGCUUUGCAUUUGUUUACAGGCCAUGAAAUCAAUUUGAUGGAAACACAGUUGCUGCAGUUACUGGAUUAUCAUCUGGAGAUCCAAUUGAAGGAGUUUGAAGAGGUGAUGCAACAUGUGACCCACUUGUAUUUAAAAGUCCACCACUAUGCCCAUCACGCUCAUCCUUAUCAUCAUCAUCACCCUCAUCACCAUGAACCACACGCCUCCCUCGUCCAAGCCAAAAAAUCACCCUAUGUAACACCCAUCCUCACCCAUUUCACACAGACGACAACAACGACUCCUACUCCUACUAUGCUACAGCAACCACCUUACCCGCCUCAGCCUUAUCCUCCUUAUCAUCAAAAUACCAUUCAACCUAAUAGUCAUUAUCAACAUCAUCAGCAUCGUCCACAAUAUUAAGUUUUGUUUUUCUCUCUCUUCAUACUACAUUUUUACAGCCAG